AUGAUCAGCGCUCUCUUUAUCUAUUCUCUACGGGGCGAAUUGCUUGUCUCCAAAAAUGUGAAGCCCACUCAAAAGUCCAUGGCUGAGAUCUUCAGAAUUCAAGUUAUAAACAACCUUGAUGUUCGAUCUCCAGUUUUGACACUAGGGUCUACCACUUUUCAUCACAUCAAGUCAGCUGGAAAUCUGUGGAUCGUAUCUGUGAGCCGAUCAAACGCCGACAGUGCGGCAAUCUGGGAGUUUCUGCAUAAGUUAAGUGCCCUGCUACAGGCUUACGGUCUCGACUCCGAAAAGGAUAUGAAAGAAGAGUUCAUGACUUGUUUCGAGCUCUUAGACGUUCUCCUCGAAGAUGGCGUGCCAAUGGACACAGAGUUCAGUAACGUGGCAUCGCAAAUGUCGAUAAAACCAACAAUUCCAGCUGACGCGUUUAACAAUUUUACCGAAAGCAUAGCAAAUGGCGCAAGUUUCAUACCGCGUUCGCGACUGUUGAAGAAACGAUCCAGCAGUCUCUUUUCACAGGAUUCACUUUACGAACAACACUCAAAGGUUCCUUGGAGAAGCGGCGGCAUAAAGUACAAAAAGAACGAGGUCUACCUGAAUGUCAAAGAGAGCAUAAGCAUUCUCGUGUCAAAAGACGGAUCAAUCCUAAAAUCGUAUGUUGACGGCACAGUAGAGGCUACAACGCAUUUAAGUGGCAUGCCUGUGUGUCGAUUUGGGCUCAACGAUGCCUUGUCUGUCACAUCUCCUUUCUACGAAGGGUCCUCGGAGCUGGUUAGUAAAAAGGCUAUUCCUAAAGCCGCAGCGGGCAGUGUAAUGCUUGAAGACUGCAAAUUCCACCAAUGUGUCCAGCUCGACAAAUUCCAGACUGACCGCACUAUCAACUUUGUGCCACCCGAUGGUGCCUUCGAGCUUAUGAGGUAUCAUGUCAGAGAGAAUCUCAACUUGCCUUUUAAAAUUACUCCGAUUGUGACAGUGUCCAGAUCGGGUUCUGUUGAUUACCGGAUCACCAUCAAGUCGCUGUUUCCGGGAAAGCUUACAGCUAAAGACGUUCAGCUGCGCAUACCAGUCCCUCCUGAAACCGUCGAUUGCAGCUUUUCCACUUCAAACGGAAAAUGCAAAUUCGUGGCUGCAGAAAGCGCCAUCAUUUGGCAAUUUGGCAAAUACCUUGGCUUGACAGAAAACAGCAUUUCAGCUACUGCAAUCCCGGCAAAGGGUUAUCAAAUGAGGCUUGACAAAUGGUCGAGACCUUCAAUCUCGCUAACAUUCGAGGUCUUAAUGUUUAGUAACUCGGGCCUUGUUGUUCGGUUUUUCGACAUUUUACAAAAAGACAAAAAUUACAACCUGGUGAAAUGGAUUCGGUACAUUUCGAGAUCGGGUGCAUACGAAGUGCGAUACUAG